CACUGAUGUAACGUUUUUAUCUAAAAUAACAAUUUAGUGUCAGACUGUACAAGACCACGAAAGAUAUUUGCUCAGUCUAAGGGUCACGGGGAAACCAGGUAUAGAGAUGGCAGACAUCAAAAACUUCCUAUAUGCAUGGUGUGGAAAAAAGAAAUUAACACCCAACUAUGACAUUCGAGCAGCUGGAACUAAAAACAGGCAGAAGUUUAUGUGUGAGGUUCGUGUUGAAGGAUUCAACUACAUUGGAAUGGGAAACUCCACCAAUAAGAAGGAUGCCCAGACCAAUGCUGCCCGGGAUUUUGUCAAUUACCUGGUCCGAACUGGGGAGAUAAGCGCCAAUGAAGUCCCAGCUGCUGGGAUUGGUAGACCUGACAUGAGCAUUCCUGAUGGUUCUGGUUUUGAAGGUGGUGGUUCUGGAACUCCUCCACCAAACUGUCCUCUCCCUCCUCACCUGGCGGUUAAGACUGAACUCGGAGCUGGUUCUGGGCCUGUCGCGGGGGUGACUGGCAUGGGCUACUCUGGGAUCAACGCCAAUGCCCAGUGGGAACGUGGUGCCAACCUAAAGGACUAUUACUCCAGACGUGAGGAACAAGACGCGCAAGCGACGUUCGAGUCAGAGGAAGUUGACCUGAAUGCAGGUCUACAUGGCAACUGGACUUUGGAGAACGCCAAGGCCCGUCUUAAUCAGUUCUUCCAAAAGGAGAAAAACCAAACAGAUUACAAAUACAGCCAAGUGGGACCUGACCACAACAGGAGUUUCAUAGCUGAAAUGACACUCUUUGUCAGACAGCUGGGUAGAAAGAUCUUUGCGCGUGAACAUGGCUCCACUAAGAAACUGGCGGCUCAGUCGUGCGCUCUGUCUAUCAUCCGUCAGCUUUAUCAUCUGGGCGUGAUCGAGGCCUACACGGGACAGACCAAGAAAAAAGAGGGAGAGACUGUGGAGGUGUAUGAGGUGCAGCUGGUGAAUGAGCUCCAGCAGCAGUUGCAGAGUGUGGUGCAGGACCUGGGCAUCCAGAUCCCUCCACCUCCGCUGGAUCCCAGUGCUCCAGUGUCUCUGGUGCAGGGGAAGAUGGCCCACUUUGAGCCCUCUCAGAGACAGUGCACAGCGGGCGUCGUCCCCUGGUCCCCCCCUCAGGUUAACUGGAAUCCCUGGACUAGUUGUAACAUCGACGAAGGCCCGCUGGCAUACUGCACUCCAGAGCAGAUCAGCUGUGAUCUCCAACAUGAGCUCAGCUAUCAGCUAGAACAGGACAAAAACCUGCAGUUGGUGCUGGAGGAGAGAAACCAGCUGCCGGUGAAAAAAUUUGAAGAGGAGAUAUUGAACACGAUCAAGAACUGUCCAGUGGUGAUUAUCCGAGGGGCCACAGGCUGUGGAAAAACCACCCAGGUGCCCCAGUACAUCCUGGACCAGUUUAUUCAGAGCGGCAGGGCUGCCGACUGCAACAUUGUUGUCACUCAGCCGAGGCGGAUCAGCGCGGUGUCGGUGGCGGAGCGCGUGGCCUAUGAGAGAGGAGAGGAGGUGGGAAAAAGCUGCGGAUACAGCGUGCGCUUCGAGUCCGCCCUUCCCAGACCGCACGCCAGCGUCCUCUUCUGCACCGUCGGCGUCCUACUGAGGAAACUGGAAUCCGGAAUCCGAGGCAUAAGUCACGUGAUUGUUGACGAGAUUCACGAGAGGGACCUGAACACCGAUUUUCUCCUGGUGGUUUUGAGGGACGUGGUCCAGGCCUACCCUGAUGUUCGCGUCAUCCUCAUGUCGGCCACCAUCGAUACCACCAUGUUCAGAGAGUACUUCUUCAACUGUCCCAUCAUAGAAGUGUAUGGACGCACUUUCCCUGUCGAGGAAUAUUUCCUGGAAGACUGCAUUCAAAUGACGCAGUUUGUCCCUCCACCAAUGGACAAGAAGAAGAAGGACAAGGAUGAGGAAGGCGGGGACGAUGAUACCAACUGUAAUGUGAUCUGUGGGCCUGAGUACAAUGUAGAGACCAAACGCUCCAUGGCUCAGAUGAACGAGAAGGAGACUCCGUUUGAGCUGAUUGAAGCUCUGCUGAAAUACAUUGAGACGCUGCGAGUGGAGGGGGCUGUACUGGUCUUUCUGCCUGGAUGGAACCUCAUUUUCGCCAUGCAGAAACAUCUGGAGAUGAACCCUCAUUUUGGUAGUCAUCGUUACAGGAUCUUGCCUCUUCACUCUCAGAUCCCCAGAGAGGAGCAGAGAAGAGUGUUUGAGCCUGUACCUCAGAGUGUGACUAAGGUGAUCUUGUCUACAAACAUUGCUGAGACCAGCAUCACCAUUAACGAUGUUGUUUAUGUUAUUGACUCUUGCAAGCAGAAAGUGAAGCUGUUCACAUCUCAUAACAACAUGACUAACUAUGCCACAGUGUGGGCCUCUAAGACUAACCUGGAGCAGAGGAAGGGUCGAGCGGGGAGAGUUAGACCGGGCUUCUGCUUCCAUCUGUGCAGCCGAGCUCGCUUUGAAAGACUGGAAACACACAUGACCCCGGAGAUUUUCCGCACUCCGCUGCAUGAGGUGGCCCUCAGCAUUAAGCUGCUCAGACUGGGUGCGAUUGGCCAGUUCCUAGCCAAAGCCAUCGAGCCGCCUCCACUGGACGCUGUUAUUGAAGCUGAACACACACUCAGAGAGUUGGAUGCCCUGGACUGUAACGAUGAGCUGACCCCACUGGGGCGAAUCCUGGCCAGGCUGCCCAUUGAACCUCGGCUGGGGAAGAUGAUGAUCAUGGGGUGCAUCCUCUAUGUUGGUGAUGCCAUGUGUACCAUCGCAGCAGCCUCCUGUUUCCCUGAGCCCUUCAUCACGGAGGGCAAACGCUUGGGUUACGUUCACAGAAACUUUGCCGGCACACGCUUCUCUGACCACGUAGCUGUGCUCUCUGUUUUUCAGACCUGGGAUGAAGUCAGAAUGGGAGGCGAGGAUGCCGAGACCAGGUUCUGUGAGCAAAAACGGCUGAACAUGCCCACUCUAAGGAUGACCUGGGAGGCCAAGGUUCAGCUGAAGGAAAUUCUCAUCAACACAGGCUUCCCUGAAGAGUGCUUGCUGAAUCAGAUGUUUAAUAACGUGGGACCUGACAAUAACCUGGAUGUGGUGAUCUCCCUAAUUACCUUUGGCUCCUAUCCCAAUGUGUGUUACCAUAAAGAGAAGAGGAAGAUCUUGACCACAGAGGGGCGAAAUGCUCUCAUCCACAAAUCUUCUGUUAACUGUCCCUUCAGCAGCCAGGACAUGACGUACCCUUCACCGUUCUUUGUCUUUGGAGAGAAGAUCCGAACCCGAGCAAUCUCGGCCAAAGGCAUGACGCUGGUCAGCCCUCUACAGCUUAUUCUGUUUGCCUCCAAGAAAAUCGUCUCAAAUGGGGACAUCGUUGAGCUUGAUGACUGGCUCAAGCUCCGAAUCCCUCAUUAUGUUGCUGGUGGUGUGGCAGCUCUUAGGGCAGCUAUGGAGGCCUUGGUUGUUGAGGUAACUAAAGACCCAGAGUACAUUAAACAGAUGGAUCCAACCAACCAACGCAUGCUGCAAGUCAUACGGCUGGUUUCAAAGCCCUCUUCUGCAGGCAUCAACCUCCUGGCCAGUAACCCACGCUUCGGAGACGGCCCUCGGCCCCCAAAGGUGGGGCGGUUUGAUGGCGGAGGAGAUCGAGGCUUCAGAGGGCACGGAGGGUAUCAGGGUGGUGGAGGUUAUAGAGGUGGCAGUGGAGGUUAUAGAGGAGGGGGAGGCUACCAAGGAGGAGGAGGCUACCAAGGAGGAGGAAGAGGAGGAGGCUACUAUGGUGGUGGUGGUGGUGGUGGAGGAGGAUACAGAGGGUCUGGCGGUUACCGUGGCGGAGGUGGUUACGGGGGGUCGGGUGGGUACAGAGGAGGAGGGGGAUAUGGCAGAGGAGGAUAUGGAAGUGGGGGAGGUCGAGGUGGCUUCCGGGGGGGCUAUGGAGGUUUUUAGAUGU